UCGUCACGAAAGCGCGUCAUUUCAUGGACCAACAGUACGAUAAGGGUAGCUUCCUGCUUUGUCUGGCCAUCUUUGUGCACAAGGUAACGAUCGUGCUCCACUGGACGCAGAACUAUCUGAAGGCUUUAGCGCUUGCACGCGUCCAGCCCACAGCGGGCGGAGAAGCUGUGAGCAACGGUGCGUCUGCCGUACCUUCUUCUACCCCGAAAGUGCCCGGCGACGCCGAAGACGACAUGCGUGAAAUGGCCCAUGCACUAUCAUUGCCCGCGCCCAUCGAUCUACCGGACAACAAGCAAAAGGAUGAAGAUCUUGCGUGCAUGUCACCUGAAUACUUUCACAUCGAGGAGAACCGGUUACGUACGUUUGGCCGCUGGCCAGUUGCAUUCAUCAGCCCGAACGUGCUCGCCCGCUACGGGUUUUACUACGUCGGCACGGACGAUACGGUCAAGUGUUAUUUUUGUCGGGUAGAGAUUGGACUGUGGGAACCACAGGACGACGUGAUACAGGAGCAUCUGCGCUGGUCACCAUUCUGUCCGCUGUUGAAGAAGCGUCCCACGAAUAACGUACCGCUGAACGCGAACUACCUUGACGCGGUUCCGGAACCGAGCUACGAUACGUGUGGCAUAAGCGUGCGACAUCACUCGUACGCAGAAAACGUCAACGAUCGAGUGCGGGUUGAUCUGGACCGGAUGAGCGGAGAUUCGUGGAGUGGUGCGAGUGACAUUAGUCUGAGUAGUAGCGGUAGUAGCAAUGGUAACAAUGGCGCAGAUGUUGAACCAAUGUCCGGGGUGAGCAGCGGUGGCAGUGGACUGCAGCAAGACCGAGCCUCGAUGACGGCGGCCGAAUGGAACAAUGGGGUGCUGAUGGGUGAAAACAGUCUAAUGCGCCGACCGGAAUACCCGAACCUUGCAAUCGAAGCCGAUCGGCUCAAGACGUACGAAGAUUGGCCGACGUCACUGAAGCAAAAGCCACAGCAGCUGAGCGAUGCGGGCUUUUUCUACACCGGCAAGAGCGAUCGGGUGAAAUGCUUUAGCUGUGGCGGUGGUCUAAAGGAUUGGGAACAGGACGAUGAGCCGUGGGAACAGCAUGCAAUCUGGUACAGCAACUGUCACUACCUGCAGCUAAUGAAGGGCCGUGAGUUUAUUCAAAAGUGUAACGAAUUGAAGGAUUCGGCUGCCUCGGCAAACAAUGGUACCUCGUCGUCGAUGUCAUCGGCUUCGUCCCAACCGUCCACGUCCGGCAUCAGUUCGGCUUCGUCGUCGGUAAUGAGCACUUCGCCCGCUUCGUCUAGCGGAUUCAGCUCACCGACGCCGGCUGCAGAUGAGGAGCGCACACUGCGCUGCAGCGAUCACUAUUCGUCCGGCAGCGAUGAGGGUGGUGAGGAUGAUGCUGGCCACAACCGGAAGGUACCGUCUGACGGUAAGAUCUGCAAGAUCUGCUUCGUCAACGAGUACAACACAGCGUUUAUGCCGUGCGGGCAUGUGGUAGCGUGCGCCAAGUGCGCAUCGUCCGUUAACAAAUGUCCACUGUGCCAGCAACCGUUCAUCAACGUGCUACGGCUGUACCUGUCGUAACAGGCGUCUUAUAGCAGCGAAAG